CCCACCCCGCGCGGCACUUCUUUCCCUGGAUUGUUCCAGUUGGGUCUCGUUGCCAACCCCCUUCUCGUUUAUUAAGAUCACGUAAGAAGAAGAACCCAAAGGGGGAGAGAAAACGUGUCUGUGAGCUCAGGCGUUUGCGUAAAUCCGAGAUCGGUUUUUAAAGAACUCCCUGCCAGCCCGUCGCUUUCCGUUUCCUUCCUGUAGCCACCAAGGUGGUGGAAGAGUUGAGGCUUGCGGAUAUUGCAAAGGGUUGUUAUUAGAUUCAUAAGUCACACCAAGUGGUGGGCGAUCCACUGAGCCGAGCAGAACUUCUCACAUGAUGACUUCAAACGAGACACAUUACCUCCCAGCAUCUGUUGGAGAGACUGGAUUUUAAAGGCACUUCUGUCGCCAGGACAGCAAAGAAACAAUGUUCCACCAAGUGAAAAGAGUGAUGACCAUCCUUUUCCUUACUAUGGUUAUUUCAUACUUCAGUUGCAUGAAAGCUGCCCCAAUGAAAGAAUUGAGCAUCAGAGGACCAGGCAGCUUGGCUUAUCCCGGUCUCCGGACACAGGGAAACCUGGAGAACCUCGGCGGGCCAAAUGACGCCUCCAGAGGAUUGACGUCCUUGGCGGACACUUUUGAACAUGUCAUAGAGGAACUCCUGGAUGAGCAGCAGGUCAUCCAGCCCAGCAAGGAAAACAAGGAUGCCGACUUGUACUCAUCUCGGGUGAUGCUAAGCAGUCAAGUGCCUUUGGAGCCACCACUGCUCUUUCUGCUUGAGGAGUAUAAAAACUACUUGGAUGCUGCAAACAUGUCCAUGAGGGUCCGGCGUCACUCCGACCCAGCUCGCCGCGGGGAGCUGAGUGUGUGUGACAGUACGAGCGAGUGGGUGACGGCGGCUGAGAAAAAAACUGCGGUGGACAUGUCAGGGGCAACCGUUACAGUCCUGGAAAAAGUCCCGGUACCCAAAGGCCAACUGAAGCAAUAUUUUUAUGAGACCAAAUGCAACUCCAAGGGUUAUACGAAAGAGGGCUGCCGGGGCAUAGACAAGAGGUACUGGAAUUCCCAGUGCCGAACUACCCAGUCUUAUGUGCGAGCUCUCACUAUGGAUAACAAGAAGAGAGUUGGAUGGCGGUUUAUAAGAAUAGACACUUCUUGUGUUUGUACACUGACCAUAAAAAGGGGAAGAUAGUGGAUUUAUGUUGUAUAGAUUAUAUUGAGACAAAAUUUAUCUAUUUGUAUAUAUACAUAACAGGGUAAAUUAUUCAGUAAGAAAGAAAAAAAUAAUUUUAUGGACUGCAUGUAUAAAUGAAGUUUAUACAGUACAGUGGUUCCACAAUCUAUUUAUUGAACAUAUCCAUGAGCUAAAGAGGAACAAGACAGAGAGAGAGAGAGAGAGAAAGAAAGAGAGAGAGAGAGAGA